UCGUCAUAUAAACCCAAGGCACAGUCAUAUACCCAGGGAUAGAGGACACUACAGGCUCCUGAGAGACACAACGCAGAAUCACACCAUGCCAAACUACAAACUCACUUAUUUUAAUAUGAGGGGGAGAGCAGAAAUUAUUCGUUACAUAUUUGCUUAUUUGGACAUAGAGUAUGAUGACCACAGAAUAGAACAAGCUGACUGGCCUGAAAUCAAAUCAACUCUCCCAUUUGGAAAAAUCCCCAUUUUGGAAGUUGAUGGACUUAUCCUUCACCAGAGCCUAGCAAUAGCAAGAUAUUUGACCAAAAACACAGAUUUGGCUGGAAAAACAGAAAUGGAACAAUGUCAAGUUGAUGCUAUUGUGGACACACUGGACGAUUUCAUGUCAUGCUUUCCUUGGGCAGAGAAAAAGCAAGAUGUGAAAGAGCAGAGGUUCAAUGAGCUGCUCACAUAUACUGCGCCUCAUCUUAUGCAAGAUUUGGACACAUAUUUAGGGGAAAAAGAGUGGCUUAUUGGUAACUCUGUAACUUGGGCAGAUUUCUACUGGGAGAUUUGCAGUACCACACUUUUGGUCUAUAAGCCCGACCUGCUGGACAUUCAUCCAAGGCUGGUGUCUUUAGUGAAGAGAGUCCAAGCCAUUCCUGCCAUCGCUAACUGGAUAAAACGAAGACCCCAAACCAAACUCUAGCUGAUCCAUGCUGCCUUCAAGUUUGUUUUCUUGGGUUGCAUCUCUCCCAUCAGAUAACAGCCACAUCAGCUUGCCAGAUAAUCCACAUGCUCCCUCGCCGGCUUUACCAAGAUUUUCACUUUAGCCAUAUUCUGAUUUUAAAAACGGAAAAAAACAAAAAACCAUCUUGCUUCACUA